AUGCCAACAACAAAAUGGAUAGUGGAUAUUAGUGCUGACAUAAUUGCUUUGCUGCUGGGGCCACACCCCGAGGAAAAUCCUCCUUGUGACUAAUUGCAGCUCAAUUGGACUUACAGUUAACCAUCCCAUAUGUGGGACUCACGAUGGGAUCACCGGUGUUUGAGUGAUGUUCCAGUUAUUUCUUUUCUUUCUGUGUGUUCGCAAUUGUCAUGGUGAUUGUUCUGGUGUUUUUUUAACUCGGCUGUAUGUAUUUGUUUGUUCACGCUGAUUUCUCAGACUGCCCGAAAUUUUCCAUAUUCUCAGUUUAUGUGUAUAUCUGUCAUCUCAGGGACACGAAGAAAGAAUCCGAUCUGGCGAAAGCCCGUGCGGCUCUGGACUCAGAGGCCACAGAGCGUGAACGUCUGCAGGUGAAGUUGUCCAAGCUGAAGAUUGAUUUUGACGAGCUGGAAGCAAGGAAGUCGCAUCACAUUCAAAUCCUUAAAGAUGAGCUGGAGUUUGAAAAGAAGCUGCAUUCCGCGGACUUGCGCAUGGUCCAAAGCCAGCACGAGUCUCGCAUGGUGGAGUUAGAAGCCGGCCAAAAAGUGAAAGAUCUGGAGGAGGCUCUGUCUACAGAGAGGGAGCGGACCCAGAACAAGGAGGAGAGGUCUUUUUACAGCUUUAGAACAUACCACAACGUUUGCUCUCAUAGCAAUUAAUGUCUCCACGUUUGUCCCCAGGGUACGCCAAACCAUGUCGGCCAGCAAAAAGAGGAAACGUCCGAAGGACAGCGAGGGUUUGAGCUCGGGGGGAUGCAAUGUGCCUCGUCCUAAAAUCGCCCAGCAGGUCACUGUGGAUGAGCAGCAGGUCACUGUGGAUGAGCAGCAGGUCACUCUGGAUGAGGUGGACUCGUACGGCAAAUAUGUCAGACUCCGCAAUACAGUUGAUGAGGAUCAGAAUUUGGGGAACUGGCAGGUGAAGCUCCAGAUUGGAUCUUCUGCUCCCAUUGUAUUCAAGUUUGCCGCAGAAUUCAUCCUGAAGGCCCACGAGAGUGUCACGAUCUGGGCGGCUGACGCUGGCCGAAACCACAAUCCUCCCUCUGAUCUAGUCUGGGAGACACAGUCCAACUGGGGACCCGUAGGCCAGGUCCACUUUACCUUGAUCAACGCCAACGGAGAGGAAAUAAGGAUGAGCAAAGCCACUGGCGCACGUUUGGAAGAUGAUGAUGGAAAUUCCACUUCCACCAUGGGAUAGAGGAAAUGUAAUUUCGGUUUCUUGUGUGUCUUGACAUAUGAAGGGAUUGACAAUAAAGCAGACUUUGACUUUUGACAUGGUCACAUUAUAAAAAUAUUGUAUAAAUUACAAUUAAAUGGGCUUUUUUUAAAUAAAAUCUGCUCCGACCUGUUGUGAAAUUUAAUUGAAAUAAUUGAAAUAAAGUUGUUGUUCUUUAAAAAUGA